ACUUCAAGUUUUAUUAGUAAUUUAUAAUUUUUUUUAUUUUAACUUCAAUAUUUGAUCAUUAUAAGUUGUAUUCCAAGACUUUGUUUUAUUGUAACCAGUAAUUAAAAUAAUAAUUUAUGUAUUCUAACAAUUUGAUAUGCGAUAAAAAGAAAGAGAAAUGUAAAAAUGUAACAAAAUGAUUUUUUAUGCAUUUUAAGUAUUGUUGCCCUUUUUUGGACGGAAUACAUAUUUGAACUAAGAAUAUGGUAAAUGUAGUAGAUGAUACAGAAAGUAAAGAACAAGCAAAGUGCUUGGUACGAAAAUUUGACAAUCCUCAUGACAAAACAUUUGAUUUAGAUAAAUUUGAAUGUGUAGUUACUAAAAAAGAAACUGUUACUAACUUUAUACACAAUGUAGCUCACCAUUAUAAUAUGGAUUUCGAUUCAUUUUACUUAACUUUAAGUUCAUAUAAAUCAAAUAUUUCUUCUGAUUCUAAUGAUAAGCCUAAAUUACUUGCUGGAGAUACUCAACUAUUAUGUGAUGUUGGUGUAGUUUACGGAGAUGAUGUUAUGAAUCGAUUUGUAUUAACUGAAAACUGUCUUCAAGAAGAAUCUGAUAAAGCUGAUUGUGUUGUUCGAGUACAAAUGUCUAAUAAGGUUUAUCCCUUAACUGUAGAGAAAUACCAAACUGCUGGUCAGUUAUACAAACAAGUUUUUCAACUAUGUGAAACUGACAACAUCAAUACAGACUCAUUUGUUUUAACAUUCAAUUGUUAUGAUUUGGAAGCGACUACUGAAUUAGUUAAAAAUGAUAUAACUGAAGAUGAUAGCAGACUUCUUAGUGACAUUGGUGUAGUAUAUCGUCAAGGUGUCAAAAACCGUUUUAAAGUUACAACCAGUAGUUCAUUUGAUAGCACUGAAAAUGAUACUUCUUCGAAAUCAUGUUCACCGACACAAGAUAUAAAAGCUGAAGGUCUAUAUUCAAAAAUGAAUUCAGUUCGUAGAAAUGGUUUAGAUGCAACUUCAGUAGUUGAAAAUAAUGUGUUAUAUCCAUCUUCACCAAUGUCAAUGCUUACCUUGCCAUCGACAAGUAUGGUAUACAGCCGAUCUACAAAAAAAACUCAUACAGGUUUUAGGGGUCUGGUUAAUCAAGCAAUGACGUGCUAUUUAAACAGUUUGCUACAAGCUUUGUAUAUGACACCAGAAUUUAGAAAUGCACUGUAUAUGUGGAAAUUUGAUUUUAAUACUAAUACUGAUGAAGCAAAGUCUAUACCUUUUCAACUUCAAAAACUGUUUUUAAACCUUCAAACAUCGCCACGUCUUAGUAUUGAAACUACAGAACUCACUCGCAGUUUUGGAUGGGAUUCUAGUGAAGCAUGGCAACAACAUGAUGUUCAAGAACUAUGUAGAGUAAUGUUUGAUGCUCUUGAACAAGAAUUUAAAAACACCACUCAUGUGGACCUUAUAAAUCAACUUUAUGAAGGUAAAAUGAUCGAUUAUGUUAAAUGCCAAGAAUGUGGUAUUGAGAAGUCUAGAGAAGAUGCAUUCUUAGACAUACCAUUGCCUAUUCGUCCAUUUGGAAGUACUAAUGCUUAUGGAACUAUUAUGGAAGCUUUACGAGGUUUCACACAACCUGAAACUUUAGAUGGUAAUAAUCAAUAUUUUUGUGAACGUUGUAAUAAGAAGUGUAAUGCACAUAAAGGCCUUAAAUUUAGCAAAUUUCCAUAUAUAAUGACAUUGCACUUAAAGCGGUUUGAUUUUGACUACAAUACCAUGUACCGAAUUAAACUUAAUGACAAGGUUGAAUUUCCUUUGAAAUUAAAUGUCAAUAGAUUUGUUUCAAAUAAUAAAAAUGGUAUAGAUAAAGAUGAAGUGCUGUCUGAAGGGUUUCCUGAAGAAUUAUUUGGUUCUAAUAGCAAAUGUGAUGAUAGUAGUUACACUGGAACAGAUAGUUCAUCAGCAUUAGAUGAAAUUGAUCAGGAUGAGGAUGAAGGUAUUGAUGUAACUCAACAUAGACAUUAUGAUAAACGUGGAGCAGAUAUUAAUUCUGAAAAUGAAACACCUGGACCAUAUAUUUAUGAGCUUUAUGCAAUUAUGAUACAUUCUGGUAGUGCUUCUGGAGGACAUUACUAUGCUUAUAUAAAAGAUUUCAAAUCUGACCAAUGGCUUUGUUUCAACGAUCAAUCAGUUUCCAUUAUUACUAUGGAUGACAUUGAAAGAAGUUAUGGAGGGGGGCCUGUCAGAGGUUAUUAUUCUGGUCAAUAUACUUCUAGCACAAAUGCUUAUAUGUUGAUGUAUAGGCAAAUAGAUCAGAGAAGAAAUAAGAAUGCAAUGAAUCAAGAUGAAUUUCCACCUCAUUUAAAAGACCUUCAUAAUUUGUUAGAAAAAAAAGCAGAAGAGGAUCGUCAGAUGAAAGAGAGAGAGCGUGAUGUGGUUAAAGUAGUUGUUCAUUUAGCUGAAUCACUUGAUUCAGGUAUGCAAACUUGGCAAUUUGACUGUAGCAGAACCACCAGUGUUGAACAACUAAAAUCAAUGGCUAUUGAAUUCUUCAAAGUAACCAAGCCAUGUCAUCUCAUAAUAUACAAUAAAAAUGAACGAGAAAUAACUGAUAAUCUAGAAGACAAGGGUAGUUGUUUAGUAUGCAAUCUACGAUACCAAUUGCCAUGUAUAUUACUACUUAAAGUUAUUGAAACAGCUAUAGAUAGCUCUUCAGCAUCUCCUGGAUGUAUUGUCAUGAAACUUUUCUUGAUCAAUUUUGUUGAUAAUGAAGAAGUGGUAGAUACAAAUCAACUCAUUAAAAUUGAAAUUGAACGUAAUAAACAACUUUCAGAUCUCGGUAAUUUAUUGUGUACAAAAUAUAACAUAUCGAAAGAAGCUAACUUACAUUUUAUAAAACAAAGCUCUGCGAAACCGAUGAAAUUAGAAAAUUACAUUGCAUGUUCAUCAGUUUUUCAUAGUCAUGUUUUUGUAUUCAUUGAUCAUCGUAAUGUAAGUCAAGCUACCAUCACGCAAAAAAUUAAGAGUACUAUAGCACGCUACAAUAAUACCAUUUUACUAGACUUUGUUUUACCUGCUAGAGAUACUGAAAUAUUAAAUAAAUUAAUGAUGAAUUAUAAGAAUAAUACUUUUAAUGAGCAUGCUAAAGCUACAUCAAUUUAUUCAAUAAACAAACAAAAUGGUGAUAUUCUAGAAGAUUGUGAAUUACCCACUGAUGAAAAUAAUUUAGUGACGAAUCCUGAAGAAAUGUGUGUUGUUCCAAAUGGUAAUGGAAGUGGUGAUCAAAGUGAAGAUAGUAGUAUUACUGAUAGCGAAAGGACAAUAAAAGGUGAUGAAGUUGAAGAAUUUCAAAUAGGUUCUCAUGCCUUUGAACAUGAUUCAAUAAAGGUUUAUGAACAUAAUAAACUAGAUGAAAAUUGGGAUGGAACUGAAGAUGAUGAUGAUGAAAAUGAGUAUCAAUUGAAUGAGAAAUACUAUUUCAAAGUUACAGCUUUACCCCAAGAUGUAUCACAUGACAAUCAUUUGUAUGCCUAUGUGGAUAAACGUAUGACAGUUAAAGAACUUAAAGAUAAUUUAGUUCCCUUAAUUAAAAUACAAUCUGAAUAUUUUAUUCUUAACCGUUUCAAUUCUGAUUCAUCUCUAGAAGAGUUAGCAUUGCCUAGCAGCUCAUUAGAAGAUUUGAAUAAUUCUGACAUAAUACAAAUUACAGUUGGACAAGCAUUAAGAGAUGGCGAGUAUCGUGGAAGCGUUUUCUUGCCAGAAACUGUUGAAGAAACUAGAGUUGUUAUGAAAAAAAUGUUUGAUUGGGUUAUCACUGUUGGUACUUCUGUAAUAGAUACUAAAAAAGAACUGCUUGCCGUAUUAAAGAAAACUAAAAAUAUAGAAAUACCCUUAGAAAGGUGUCGAUUGCGUAAGAAAAAAGGAGAUGCAUUAUUACGCUGUUAUUUUAAUGAAGAAAUUUGGAAUGAAGACAUUGGACAAGGGUGGGAAAUGAUAAUUUUAGAUCUUAUAGAUCGUACUGAAUUAGAAUUGGGUAAAACAAAGAGACUUAUGUUUGUUAACCAUGUUGAAGAGAAUGGAACACAGCAGCGUCUAAUGUCAGAAAUGGAAUUUGUUGUUGAUAUAGCAUCUACAAUAUCAGCUAAUACACAAUUAGCAAGUGAAAUCUCAAAAAAACUCAGUAUUUCCGAGGAUCAACUAGAACUGGGUUAUAUGCAUGGAAACUUAAAUGAUAUUGUAUGGAAAACUAGAAUUACAAACUGGUCAUUUAGUUUAUCUGAUGAUAACACUAUUUUGUUUUGUCGAAAUGGAACCUCUUGUAAUCGAGAUCUUACACUUACUAAAGGCCGCAAAACUCAACCAAAAGAACGACCUUUGAAAAUUUAUACUAUUAAAAAUGAAUAAGUAUUUUGUUAUUUGUAAGGUUCAAAUGGAAUGUACACAUAAAAGUUACUGUCUAUUUAUUUAUUAAUAAUGGAAGAGAAAACCUAAUUGUAAAUUCUUGCUUAUAAUCUUUUUUGUUAAAAAAAUAUACUUGUAUUUUCAUUUAACUCCUUCAAGUAUGUUUUUCAAUAACUAUGAGUACAAUGUUUAUUUUUCUAUUUUGAAAAUAUUUACUAGUUAUUUCUGA